UCGGCGUGCGCUCCUCCUCCCUCUCUCUCGCUCCCUCCCUCCCUGCUUCUCGGCUCUGUCGCUCCCGCGGCGCGAGGCGCUCUAGCUUUCCUCCUCCGCCGCCGCCCCUCCCCCCGCGCAGCCGCCGCCGCCACCGCCGCGAGACCCCCCUCACGCCGCGCUCCCCCCACCCCCUCCAGCCCCGUGCGCCCUCCGGCCCCUGCGGCCUCCGAAGAGAACGAGAGGGCGAGCGAGCGCGGCGUUACCGGGCUGGCCCGGCCCCCUCCCUUCACCAUCGCCGGCCCUCCGCCGCCUUCCUCCGCUUCCACCUCCUCUCCCCCCCCUCAAGUUGAGGCCCCCUCCGGGGGGGGGAGGCCCGGGAACGGGACCGGGAGCGAAUUCUCCUAACUCCUUCGACCCCUCCUCUCGCCCGGCCUAAGUGUGAGGGGAAGAGCCCGGCCCGGCCAGCGUCGUGUGUGAGGACGACCCCGGGCGGGCCCACGGGCCGCGUAGGGCCUGGUCCGGCCCGCCGGGUGUGUGAAGACCCGGGUCCGGUGCGGUCCGGCCCGAGGGCGAGCGGAGGGGAGGGGCCUGGUUCGGCCCGGCCGGUGCGUGAGGACUGGGGCCCGGGCCCGGCGCCGCCGCCGCCGCCGAGAUGGCCCAGCAGCAGAUGACCAGCUCGCAGAAGGCCCUGAUGCUCGAGCUGAAAUCCCUGCAGGAGGAACCGGUGGAGGGCUUCCGGAUCACCCUGGUGGAUGAGUCCGACCUCUACAACUGGGAGGUGGCCAUCUUCGGGCCCCCCAACACCCUCUACGAAGGCGGCUACUUCAAGGCGCAUAUUAAAUUUCCUAUUGACUACCCCUAUUCACCACCUACCUUCAGAUUCUUGACCAAAAUGUGGCACCCCAACAUUUAUGAGAAUGGAGAUGUAUGCAUUUCGAUUCUUCAUCCGCCUGUAGAUGACCCACAGAGUGGAGAACUGCCUUCUGAAAGGUGGAAUCCUACUCAGAAUGUGAGGACUAUCCUAUUAAGUGUAAUCUCACUGCUUAAUGAGCCCAACACCUUCUCCCCAGCCAACGUCGAUGCUUCAGUUAUGUUCAGGAAAUGGAGAGACAGUAAAGGAAAAGACAAAGAAUAUGCUGAAAUCAUUAGGAAACAGGUUUCAGCCACUAAGGCUGAAGCAGAAAAGGAUGGAGUGAAGGUCCCCACAACCCUGGCGGAAUACUGCAUCAAAACUAAAGUGCCUUCCAACGACAACAGCUCAGAUUUGCUUUACGACGACUUGUAUGAUGACGACAUUGAUGAUGAAGAUGAGGAGGAGGAAGAUGCCGACUGUUAUGAUGAUGAUGAUUCUGGGAAUGAGGAGUCGUGACGUGCUCCUUCAGUGCCCCUGUACUGCCCUGCCGUCUCAGGCCAAAGGGAGGGGAGCAAGUGGGGACCUGGCCAUGGCCCCUCAGCAAAAACCUAUUCACAGUGGGCGGGGAAACACACAGCUCCUGCUGACUCCCCUUAUGGAUCUCAGUUUCCUCCUUUUUAUGGACCUUUAAUGGAGAGAGAGUAACCCUCCACAGAAUGUCUGAAUUCUUGCAUUCUUUACCCUUCCAUCACUGUAUUGAUUCUUUUUUUAAAAAACAUCAACCCAAACUCCCGCCUCACUCCGUCUCUACAGAAUGUUCACAGCAAAACACGUUUGGUCUGUUUUUAGAUUCUUGAAGAAUUAAAUAGUCUUUCAAGAUGUUUAAUGUGUUUAAAGCUGAAACCUGUUGGGAGUUCACAAGUGCUGCAUAUACUGGGUAGCAAAAGAAAAUGGAAAAAAAAAAAACUCACAAAACAAACUUAAAAAAAAAAAAAGCAAAUUUGCCAAGGUUUAGCUGCUCAUUUACAUUAGCCUGUGUGCAUUCGUUCAGCCCCAAGGUGGUGAGUUUUGUUUCUUUCCCUUCCUAAGGCUGGGAUAUGGUGGGUGUCAGGGACUUUGUGCUAAGCCUGAUGAAAUAUGCUCCUCCAAUCUCCAUGAAAUCAUCCUAAAACAUGGAGGCCUCAGCUAUUCUGAGGAGAGAAAUCAGACUUUGUUUUUUGAAAUCGAUUGGGAUGGAAAGCCUGAAAUAAAUAUUCAUACUUUACAUAGAACUGAGCACUUGGUUGCUGUUUAUUGCAGGGUUGUUACUCCCUCCCCCCCCGCCCCCCAGGGAGUGGGGCAAGUUGGGAAGUUGGGAUGAGUGUGUGGGGGUGGACUUAGUGAUGGGAACAAAGAGUUAAAAAUCACUACGCUGUUUGGUUGAUGCUACUGGUGGCCACCGUUGGGAGAGGAACCAUCUGUUUUAUAUUUAGCAUGGCCUUCCCAUCAGAAAUACACUCUUACCAUGUCGUUUUGUUUCUUGUUUUUUCAGGAGCCACCUUUAAUUACUCAGUAUUAAUCCUAGGUGCAUGUGUUAAGAUUUCGGUUUUCAUCGAGCUGCUUAUACUGAUUGGUAGUGAAAAACAUGGAUGUGUGUGAGACAAGUUGCCAGUUCUCGCUGUCUUCAUUGGAUGCGAGCUGGACUUUUUUUCUCCUUUCAACAUACUUGGGCUGUGGAGCGCAAGCAGAAUUUGUGCAUAGAGCUCCCCUUGGGAUUGUGUCUUGUGGCUGAGGGAGUUGACUGCAGGCAGUUUUUAGGCCAGGUAAGGCUAUAUAUUCCUGUGAUGCACUCGCUGCAGCUUUGAUUUUCCAGAUCUCUGUCGUGUUGCUUCAAUUAGUAUUGAGAUCCAGCAGCCUUCACCAUCGAGGGACUUCAGAACUUGAAGGUGAUUUUUGGAUGUUAUGGGGGUGCACCAAAUCAUAGGAGGGCAUUAUUCUUUGGAGGAAACCGCUAUAAUGUAAAAUCAGGUUUCAGAAGGAAAAUGUAGCAAGGACUGACUGUAGUCCUACUUCAGACCCCUGGGCACUAGUGUCAACUCCUCCUUCGGCUCACAACUCAGAACCAAAGGGCAGAUUAGGGACAGGGGCAGAAGGGAAUCUUAGGCCAGAGUAGGUGACACUUACUUCCUUAGCUCCUUCCUCCUUCUGUUCUGAUCUCAGGGUUUUCACUCUUCAAACUUCCAAACACAUGACUUCUUCCCAGCAGCCCUUCCUGACCUCUGAAGUUUGGUCUGGUAUGAAAUAAGAAUCUUUAACAUGCAAAGAGUCUUAUGGGUCACUGAGCCUGGUCCCAGAAUCUAUGAUCUCCAUAGGGCCAGGGCUACUACUUGUGCCCAGAAUCUAGUGAUUCCAGUCAGAUCCAUGGAACAGAUCAGCUUUGUAGUAUGUUGUCAAGUUGCCUGAUUACAAACUCUGACAGAUGUUGGAACUACCUUUUUACUCCCCAUACUUCUUAAGUAAUGCUUCCAGGUUAACCUGCAAAUCUGGAUCCAAAGCCUCUCUCAGUGCUCUGAUUUCUCCCCAAAACUGCCCCCAAGACCUCCAUUCAAGUUUACAGCCAGUAGCUUGGUCUUGCUCUAUUGGAGCCCUAAAAUUAAGCCUUUCAUUCCCCUUACUGCUAAAGCAUCUCACUCGCAGGGCAGGCCCAGCACCCUGGCAUUGUGGGAGGUGCUCUGCUGCACAGCUCUGUUCCAUCAGGCCCUAUUGGCCUCUGUUACACAUUGACUCAGGGAGCCAGAGCGCCAAGUGGAGGUUCCUCUCAGCCCUUUGGGGUGUUACUAUCAAGGGCUGGGUUUGCCUCUGAUAAGUAGUCAGUUCCAGAAGACUGGGUAAGUCUCUUGCUAGUAGGUGGACGUUCUGAUAUUUUAGACUGACUUAACAAAACCCAGAGGCUAGUGCCAGAGCUCUGUCCCCGAGAACACAUCCUGUGGAAAAACACUUGAGUUUGUAAUUUUUUUCUUUUUGGGAGUCGAGGUCUCAGGCUCAACCUGGAAUCAUGCGCGUACAGUUGUACUUAUUAUUUGGUGUGACAUAAAUUCAAAAUCCCGCAUUUUUAGAUUCCUUGAGGCCUCACUGGAUGCUCUUCAGUUUUGUGUAUUUUGAGGCUGGAUGAAGAACAUCUAUCUUGUUGCUGUUUCAAUCUUCCCCUCUUGUCCUUAUCAUUCCAGAGUUCUUUUCUAUUAGUCAAACUUUUUUGUAGAACCUUCUUUCCCUUGCCCUGGCUUCUUACUUGCUGGUUUCCUUAUGUUUGGGGCACAUGCAGUGAAGAGACUGAUUGGAAGGGGAAAUGUGCAGCUCUCGACCCCUCCCAUCCUGAUAAACAAGGUUUACAUUUAAAACUAAAAGGAUUCAGAGAUGCAAUUUUCAACUUUUCUGAAACCAGCAGGACACACCUGACUUUAAUAGUUUUAGCUGAAAUUGUAGAUGUUUUUCUUCAGUUUAACUUAUGAGAAAAGAUUAUCUGAUGCAUUUUGUGUUGACUUCCCCUUUAGUGGUUUAUUUUGUCUUUUUCUGCCCAUGUCUACUAAUAAAAUGUGAAAUAAAAUACCUGUAUUGCUACUUCCCCAUGA